CAACUAUGGAGAUUGUUAAUAUGUUCCGAUUUGAGUUUGGGCAGUGCAUUAAGAUAGAAUAGGGCAAAUACGUAACCUGUAUGCUCAAUAAAAAAAAAUGUCGAAUGUCGAUGUGGUGGGUAUGUGGGAGGUGCCGCUCAGUGAUGGGAUUUACCAGAUUGAAUUUGAGCACGGAACCACCACAGGCAAGCGUGUCGUUUACAUCAACAAGACGGAGGUCCUCAGGAGGGACUGGAUGUUCAAACUGGUGGGCAAGGAAACAUUCCCUGUUGGAUGUACAGGCGCAAAAGCUACUAUAAAUAUCGAAGCACUUACCGGCUUUACUUAUGAGUACACUCUGGAAAUCAAUGGAAAAAGUCUCCAGACAUUUAUAGAGACCUGGGCCAAAAUAUCCAAGACUUGGCUGCUGAAACUUGAUGGUGCUGACUGUAGGAUUGUUCUGGAGAAAGAUACUAUGGAUGUAUGGUGCAAUGGUCAAAAGAUGGAAACCAUGGGGGAGUUUACACAUGAUAGCGCUGAGACACAUUUUGCAGUGGGGAAACAUGAGUGUUGCAUAAAAGCCACUGGCAGUGGAAAGAAAAAAAACGGAGUAAUGCAUACUCUGCUCGUGGACGGGACAAAGGUCAUGUGAGGAAGAAAACAACCUGUUUCACUUUUGCGCACUUGAAGCUCAGGUGGUGGAGGAGCUGAGCGAUUACUUCCUUGUACUCUAAUACUCCCUGAUUCAAAUGUUAUUGAAAUUAAAUUAAAUAAAUGUCUGAAUGUGCUGUGAUUUUAAGCAACUCACGUUAAUUAAAUAAAGAUUUUAUUGUUUAUUUUAUAUUUGUGUUAUUUCUAUAGACACAUUUGUAUUAACAGAAAUAGAUUCUUGGAAUUGUUUGCCAUAUUGGGUUUAAAUGGAUUAAUUUUUUUUUUAUAUAAAUUGCAGUAUGGUGUGCACUGGAACUCAUGUUGUAUUAACUCCCAUUGCCAUUGUAAGUCCUAUCUGUGUGUGCAUAUGCAGUUAAACACUUGAUGUUGUGCUCAGAUUACGCAUUGCCUUGAGUGAUAAGUACACCGCCUUUUUUGCUAUGUGACUAGUGUGUUGGGGCGUAACCACAUGGAUGGCAGCUGCCACUCUUAAAAUAAGCCUCGCCACCCCAAUUUUUACCACACACCCUGUGUCCAAGAGGUUUAUUCGAUGCCUUAUAUGUUGAUUCAAUAUCUUUUAUUAAUAACUAUAGAUGAACUAUUAAAA